AUGGACGGCAGACAAACCGAGUAUCCGCAGUCAGGUUUGAAUUCGCCCUACCCAUUUCCCACGACGGAACCUCAGUCUGAAGGUUCUUCCGCAGAUCAAGCAUCUGCUGCGCAAUACCCCCAAGGGCAAGACCCUCGCUCCUCCAACUUCUCCGCAUCCGCCACUCCCACCUCCGAGUACAACAUCAACCCCUCAUCGGCGCGAUCGGGCUCCUUCCCGGAAUACAUUCAGCGCGGUCACUACUCUCCCGCCGCACCAGCUCCCACCGCAGGAAACAUGGCGCAAGCAACAAGUCCGUCCAUGCCUUUGCCUGAUGGCAACUCCAGCAGUAGCGCGCACAACAUCAAGUCUGACGCCGAAGUACCUAUAGAUCCAUCCAUCGCCGCCGCGACCAGCCCGACCUACCCGCCCCACGGUCAAUACUCUCCAUACCCGCCGCAGCAUGAGGUGCACCAUUACGCGCCUCACCCGGGCGCGCCCAUGUACGCCGCGCGUCCGGAAUGGACCGGGCAAUACCCUCACAUGUACGGGCACGCUCCUGUAACAUCAGGUCCUCCUGCGCCAACGAUGGUAUCACCUGUCCAGAGGCCCCCGACGGGCGGCCACCCACUUUCCACCGUGUACUCUUUCGUGCCAAUUCCCGGCGCGCAGCAGCACAAGCGGCCGCGGAGGCGCUACGAGGAAAUUGAGAGAAUGUACAAGUGCGGUUGGAACGGUUGCGAAAAGGCGUACGGAACGCUCAACCACCUGAACGCGCACGUUACGAUGCAGUCGCACGGCCAGAAACGCACGCCCGAAGAGUUCAAAGAAAUUCGCAAAGAAUGGAAGGCCAAGAAGAAGGAAGAGGAGGCCCAACGCAAGGCUGAGGAAGAACGCCAGCGUCAGGCCGAGGGUCGCAACGCGUCCGAGAGCAACCCUGAGACGCCUGCCUCGAUGUACGGCCAGGCCCGUUCCAUGGGCGCGCCGGUGCAGAUGGGCGGUCCCCAGCUGCCCCCCAUCGGCUAUGCACCCGCUGCGAGUGGACAGCCCCCGGCGCAGUACACGACCCAGAGCCCGAACGCGAUUGGGGAAAUGGCACAGUACGCCGCCGCCACCACUCCUCAUCAGAUGUACAGCAGUGCGUCUAAUAGCAGCAACAGCUACCCGCAAUCGCCUUACGCGCAAGGCCAGCAGAUGUACCAACAACGUCGUCACCCUCCCCAGAGCGCUGCGAGCAAAACAGGCUGA